CUCACUCAGGUCGAAUGUUGGCUCAGCUCUCUGACAGAAUCACACAUCAACUCGAUGGUGUUAUGACAGUCGACAGCAACAAUGGACGCCAGCGGCGUGUACGUGCGGGAAAGAGGCAAGCUGCGUCGUGUCAGCAGCGACAUCGUCCUCAAGCCGGUGCCCUCCUCGCCUUCAAGUUCGUGCCGGCGGACCAACCCGCUGGUGCUUCGUAAGGAGCACUUCGUGUUCACGUACAACGCGGAGGGCAGCCUGCGCUACAGCAGCAAGUCGCUGUUCGACCUCGCGCUGCUCUUCGUGGCCGGCAACGUGCACCACGUCGACUCGCUGGUGGGCUUCCCGGAGCAGAUCGGCGACAGGCUGUUCGCCGCGGCCGAGGAGAACCGCGUGUUCUUGAAGCCGGACGUGUCCCCCAAAGCCUUGCGGCUCUUCUGCGACGCCUAUGGAGACAUGGUGCUCGGAUCCCUCUGCCUCAGGAACAGGUUUCCUCUACUGAGCGAGCGCAUGGCUGACAUCAAGACCUUCCAUAGUUUGAAACGUUUGGACCUGUUUGGCUGCCGACUGGGCGACGACCACGAGAUCUUCCAACACCUGACGUCCGCCUCGCUGGCGAGCUGCUUGAUUCAGCUUUUCAUCGGCGGCAACGGCCUGUCGGACGUCGGCCUGCAACGACUGACGGCGCCUGUGAGGAUGAUGAGGAAAGGACUGGACUGUCUUCAGUGCCUGGAUGUUUCAUACAACCCUAUCUCCGAAAGGGCUCUCCGCUACCUCAACUGUCUCCCUAAGCUUGAAAAACUGGAUGCAUCUGGCACCGGCAUGAAGUUUGGUACAAGACUGAAGUCUACCAUGUGGGAGCUGCUGGGCCUGACUUUUUCUGAGAAAGCGCUGGAAGCCUUUGACCACUCCGGAUGUAAAACACAAGGAUGGGCGGAACAGGUGGUAAACCAGUGGGAAACCAAUGGCGCGCAAAUGCCAAAACAGAAGAAACUUGAUGAGUCCAGAAUAUCAGCACUUCGCUUUUGGUCGCGGGCUUCUGGAGCCUAUCCCAGCUAUCUUCGGGCGGGAGGCGGGGUACACCCUGAACCGGUCACCAGCCAAUCGCAGGGCACAUAGAAACAGGCAACCAGUCGCACUCACAUUCACACCAACGGGCAAUUUAGUCUCCAAUCAACCUACCACGCAUGUUUUUGGGAUGUGGGAGGAAACCGGAGUGCCCGGAGAAAACCCACCCAGGCACGUGGAGAACAUGCAAACUCCACACAGGCGGGGCCGGGAUUUGAACCCCGGUCCCAAGAACUGUGAGGCAGAUGUGCUAACCAGUCGCCCACCGUGCCGGCCCUCAAGAAACAAUCAAUUUAAAAAAGUACUUUCAC